CGACUUCUGGUGGACAACCUACUCCUACAUGUAGGCACGGAGGUCGCAGCAAAGAGAAAGAGAGAGAGAGAGAGAAGACGAAGAAACCCCUACCGCUUCAUGUUGCUCUUAAAAACAGCCUGUAUGUAGCUUCCCCUCGACUCUCGUCAAUGUAGCUGCGUGAUUAAACGAAAGGAGAUUAUGACUGAAAACACCUGGGUGCGGCACACUUUAGAUGAAAAAGCUGUCGCUCUGCCGGAGGUCGUUCGCAUUUUUUCUGCCUUUUGUAUUUCCUUGCUGAAUGUCGUGGACAUUUUGGAUUUUUUUUAAUGCUCUCUGUGUGUCAUUAAGUGUUAACCAAUUAAGGAGCACAUUUUCUCAUGCCUUCGCCUUCGUCGGUUAGUUUUGUUCAAGUGACAUUUGGAAGGUAAAUACUACUUUUUUUUUUUUUUUUUUUUUUUACCCCCCUUUUUUCUUUUUUUUUUUCCACGUCUGAAAAAACAACUGAGAAGGAGGAGGGGAGGACGACUCAGUGAAACAACUUGAGGACGGCUUUGCUGUGGAGAAUGUGCGAACUGGGCCAGCUUCGAGUUGCUCUUUAAAGUGGGCAGCGUUAGCUAGCUUAGCUGCUAACACUAGCGAGAGCUAACCUUAUUGAACUACCCCGAAGCGAAAUCGGUGUGAGCUAGCUCAUGCCAACUUCUCGACACGUUUUUUCGGAUAGUAGCACCUUGCUCACAACCUUGGGACGCCAUUAAAUGAGACGCUGACUCGAUAGUAAUUCAGAUAAGCAAAUUGUUGCUGUUGGAUCUAUCAUCUGCCAUCCACUGGGAUCCAGGCGCUUGAGUCCUAAAUGACAAGUGCCUGAGGAUGUCCAAGCGGAGCUUUUUUGUUCGUCUGGUGCCGUGCCGCUGCUUGCGGGGUGAGGAGGAGGCGGUAACAUCGCUGGACUACUCCCACUGCAGCCUGGAGACUGUUCCUAAGGAGAUCUUUAGCUUUGAGAAGACCCUGCAGGAACUCUACCUCGAUGCCAACCAGAUUGAGGAGCUGCCUAAACAACUGUUUAACUGCCAGUUACUCCAUCGACUGAGCAUGCCAGAUAAUGACCUAUCAGUGUUGCCGGCAGCCAUCGCAAACCUCAUCAAUCUCAGGGAGCUUGACGUCAGCAAAAACAGUAUCCAGGAGUUUCCAGAAAACAUAAAAAAUUGCAAAGUCCUAGCUAUUGUAGAAGCCAGUGUGAACCCCAUAUCCAAGCUCCCCGAAGGCUUCACCCAGCUUCUGAGUCUGACGCAGCUCUACCUGAAUGAUGCCUUCCUCGAGUUCUUACCAGCCAGUUUUGGCAGGUUGACUAAACUACAGAUCUUAGAGCUGAGGGAGAACCAGUUAAAGAUGUUGCCAAAAAGCAUGCAGAAGCUCACACAGCUGGAGAGGUUGGACCUGGGGAGUAAUGAGUUCACUGAAGUGCCUGAGGUGUUGGAGCAGCUGAGCGGAAUCAAGGAGCUGUGGAUUGACGGGAACAGACUGUCGUUCUUACCUGGGAUGAUGGGUAUGCUGAAACAGCUGGUAUACCUGGAUGUGUCCAAGAACAGCCUGGAAAUGGUAGAUGAGCAAAUCUGCGGUUGCGAGAGUCUGCAGGACCUUCUGCUCUCCAACAAUGCCCUCACACAGCUGCCAGGCUCCAUCGGCUCACUGAAGAAACUGACUGCACUGAAAGUGGAUGAGAACCAGCUGAUAUACUUGCCAGACUCCAUUGGAGGGCUGACAUCUCUGGAUGAGCUGGACUGCAGUUUCAAUGAGAUUGAAGCCUUGCCGUCUUCCGUCGGCCAGUGUGUCAGCAUCCGUACGUUUGCUGCAGAUCACAACUUCCUUACCCAGCUUCCCCCUGAGAUGGGCAACUGGAAGAACGCAACUGUGCUCUUCCUACAUUCAAACAAGUUGGAAUCUUUGCCUGAGGAGAUGGGUGACAUGCAGAAGCUCAAGGUCAUAAAUCUCAGCAACAACAAGUUAAAGAAUCUUCCCUACAGUUUCACUAAACUGAACCAGAUGACUGCAAUGUGGCUGUCUGAAAAUCAGUCAAAGCCCCUGAUCCCUCUCCAAAAAGAGGAGGAUCCAGAGACACACAAAACCGUGCUCACCAACUACAUGUUCCCCCAGCAAAUCAGGACUGAGGACUACAUCCCCAACUCUGACUCUGAGAGCUUUAAUCCAGCUCUCUGGGAGGAACAACGCAAGCACCGAGCUCAGGUGGCCUUCGAGUGUGACGAGGACAAGGAUGAGAGAGAAACACCCCCGAGGGAGGGAAACCUGAAGCGCUACCCUACACCAUACCCAGACGAGCUGAAAAACAUGGUGAAGACAGCCCAGUCGGUGGCUCACAGGCUGAAGGAGGACGAGUCGAGUGAUGAGUCAGGCAAAGAUGCAAAACCAGUGGAGAGGAACCAUAUUGGAGUUCAGGAUGUGGGAGUAAAGGUGAUAGAGGCCCCCUGUCCAAACGGCAUGGCAUCUGACUUGGAGCCCCAAGUCUCUAACAACACACAUGCCCAAAACCUCUCUACAUCAGAAUCAAAAGACACUUCAGAGUCUUACAGCUCUCAGAAAGUCCCUCUCAAAUCUUCAGGGGGCUCCAUGAUGAACCACGAAGACACACUGGAGGAUUCUGAAGAGCUGUCUGAUGAAGAAGAGGAGAUGAAAAUUGCAGAGAUGAGACCCCCUCUUAUUGAGAUCUCCAUCAACCAGCCUAAAGUAGUGACUUUAAGUAAGGACAAAAAAGAUGACGCAGACUCUUUGCUGGAUGAGACAGUGGCCAACAGCAACCAGAACAAUAGUAACUGUUCGUCUCCAUCACGCAUGUCUGACUCCGUGUCUCUGACCACAGACAGCAGUCAGGACAACUCUCUGUGCACCCCUGAGAGAGAGGCAAAAAUGCCCUUUCUACCAAAAAGCCGGCAAGAUGAGAACAUGAACCAGCCUAAAGACACCACUCCCCUCCUCCAUAAUGGUAAUGGCUCUGAAACGUCCCUUCAGGCCCUUUUGAAAACCCAGCAGACCCCACCGGAGAAAAUGGGAGACUACGACCUUUCCAUGGAAGCCAGACUGGCCUUCAUUGAGAAGGGAAUUAACAAUGGCAUGGGAGAAACUUACACCAAGUGGGACCAGAUUAAUAUGAACGUGUCCAAGUUACCAACCGACAACAUGGUUCAGCUGGACGAGGUGGACAAAACCAAGAAUGGCUCAGUAACCCGGGAGGACUUGGACAGCAAGCAGGGUUUUAGCAAUGACAACAUGGAGCAUUUUCUGAAUGGAAACCAGCAGGUUAGUGACUGCAUCAAUAGUCUGGGUAACAGAAGCCAAGGGAUGAGAGUAGAGACAUCUGCGGUGCAUGUGGCCUCGACAGGCGUGACAGCCAGCAGUGACAUGUCUCUGUCUCGCAGCACAGAGGAACUGUCUCCAGAGAAAAGGUGCCAUCCCCCGCAGGUGAUGAAGUCUCACAGCAUCAGCAACAUAGAAACAGGAGGCUUGAAGAUAUACUCCUUUGAUGGGGAUAGUGACUCCUAUGACACAGCAGGAAUGACUAGAAUGGCAGGAGCCGGCCCUGGGCCAGGGGCUCAGGGCCAGAGCAUAGUCAGGAGCAAGUCAGCUAGUCAGUUACUCAAUGACCAGACUCUCCAGAUCUACCCUGGCUCUUCUGCAUCUUCCUCAGACCUUCUCUCUUCCUCUAAGCCCCCUGCCAGCACCAGCAGAUAUCCAGUGUCCUCCAGCAUGGCCAUGGGCAUCCCUCCUCCUCAGUACAACAUACAGUACACAAGCAGUGCCAUGCCUAAAGAGGGCCUCUGGACCCAGAGGGGGCCCAUGCCCCCAGAGCACCAAGGCUACCUCCCUCCUCCUCCACACUCACUAGCCAACACCAACUACUCCAACCGUAAUCAGGCACCUCCUUACCCACUACAGCCCCAGCAGAGGGGGCCUCCAAUGGGUCCCAAACCUUCUGGGGACAUGUGGGCUAAGGAGAGACUUCAUUCUACAGGAGGCCAGUCUAGAAGCAGCACUCUGCAGAGGCAAAGCAGCACUGCUUCCACAGCCUCUAUGGGCGACCCGAGGCGCAUGCAGGUACCUGAUGGGGAAUACAUGACGUACAGGGACAUUCACACCCUAGCCAGGGGGCCACUGGCAAUGAGCCAGGCCAUGCAGAGGCCCCUCUCAGCUCGCACUUACAGCAUCGAUGUACCUGGAGCUUCCAGGCCUCUCGGCGCCAGGCCACAGCCCCACGAGCUUCCAGAGAGGACCAUGUCUGUCAGCGAUUUCAACUACCAGCACAGUAGCCCCAGCAAGAGGCCCAACACCAGGGUGAAAUCUGAGCACUCGCUGCUGGAUGGGCCUGGACAGGUGUCAGGAGGAGUUGGCGCUGGAAGGGUGCCAGUUGACUGGAGAGACCAGGUGAUGCGGCACAUCGAGGCCAAGAAAAUGGAAAAGAAUGCGCUGUCUCGCUCCUAUAAUUCCAAUAACGCUCCGCUGAGCUGGUCUCACUACGGCAGCUGUAGGGAUAUGCAUGCCAGCCAAGGGUCUCUGGUCUUUAGUGCCAGGGGCGGACAGCCCUACGGAGCUCUGGGCUUCUGUGAUGAUGUGUUUGGUCCCCAAGGGCAGCAGAGCUACACCAUGGACCCCCACAGAAAAGUGCCUUUGAUGAACGGUCAGAUGGGCACCACUGGUCGUCCCCAGAUGAGCCAGGCGCCGAUGGCCCGCCACCCUUCCAGAGAGCAGCUCAUUGACUACCUGAUGCUCAAAGUCUCCCAUCAGCCCCAGGGGCCCCCACGCAUGCCCCAAGACGCACUGCAGCAUGAGAUCCGUGUGAAAGUGGAGAAGAAUCCAGAGCUGGGUUUCAGUAUAUCAGGAGGAGUGGGAGGCCGGGGAAAUCCCUUUCGACCAGAUGACAAUGGCAUAUUUGUGACAAGGGUUCAACCUGAGGGACCGGCAUGCAAGGUUCUUCAGCCCGGAGAUAAAAUUAUCCAGGCAAAUGGAUACAGCUUUGUGAAUAUCGAUCAUGGGAACGCAGUGGCCCUCCUGAAGACGUUUCCAAACACUGUGGAUUUGAUAAUCAUAAGAGACGUGCAAGCAUAGACUCAACUGACCUCUAAAGGCGGGGGGACACGAGAAGGAGAGACGAACCGAGAGAUUUAUGUUGACUCAUAUUUUUAUACACAGAGGACACUGAUCUGUUGAUACCUGUUGGGACUAUUUAUAGUAGAGAUCUUCAUAGCCUUGAUUAAACGGGGAAAACCACUGAAUGUAGUGGAUCCAAGUGAGACGGCGGCAAACCUCUGCAAGUACGAGUCCUCAAAAGGCCAUCACUGUGGUAUAUAUAUUUUUAUACAAAAGAAGCUGAAGAUACGACCUGCUCUGAAGCAAAUAAUUACUGUGGUCUCUGUACAGAUCAUCUUUUUUUCUUUUUGUCCAAAUCUCAUAAAUACUUUAUCAUAAAUUAGGUUUUAUUUCUGCGGAUUGACAUGAAUUGACCACUAGGGGCAGGGCUCCCUCUCUUCUGUCAUCCAAUUUGCCUUUUUUUUCUUUUUCCUUUUUUUUUUUUUUUUAAGAUGUUGAAACCAUUUUUUGGUCUGCCGUGCGAUCUUUUGUGGAGGACAAUGUUACGUGCUUUUCAUGUGGAGACGAAUGUAGAUCGAGGAGGUUUUUCUGAUUUUGUUUUUUUUUGGGAGAGUUUUCUUUUCUUUUUUUUUUUCUUCUUGCAAAAUCAAAGAGUUGAGAAGAGGAAAUCAUCCACCCCUGCUUCCAUUAAACCUGUGAACACCCUCCACCGUACAGACACUUCAGUCCUCAGUUCCUCCCAAAUAUCCUCACAGCAACUGCUCGGCAUAUCACCUAACCAGACCACUACCUGAGCUGUGGGGGGGGAGAGGGGGAAUCCUUUGCAAUAUAAAUGAAAUCACAGCUUUUCAGAUGUUGAAGGAAUGCGGUCUGCAUGUGAUCAUUUAAUGAGACUGGAAUAUGGAAAGGAAAUUCAAACAUUGGGGAAAUGGGAGAGAUGAGGUGUAGUAUGUGUUUGCUCAGCCUUAAUCUGUUUUACCAGUCAGAAGCUUUUGUUUGAAGCAAAGGGUUUGACGGUUUGGGAAGUGCGCUUGUUCGCUUUCAGGCGGUGUGUGAAAUAAGAAGAUGGAAGCGCUAGCAGUCGGCUAGCUCUAGCACAAAGACCGGAAACAGAGAAACGGUUAUCACGCCUCUGUCCAAAGGUGACAAAAUCCACCUACCAGCACCUCUUAAGCUCACUAAUUAAAAUGUCUAUUACCCGUUUUUCAGGGGUUAAAAUACCAGACUAUUUAUUGGCCAGGAGCCAUAACAUCCACGUUGCCUGGCAACGGCUCAGCAUCAAGAAAUGGCACAUAACCCUCAAUAAGACACUGAAUUGUCAGUUUUACACCUCAGUUUUUGUAGGUAUUAAACAAACUAGAUAGAUUUCAGCAGAUGUUGUUACCUUUGAACAGAUCCAGCUAGUUUCCCCGUCUCCAGUCCUUGUGCUAUAAGGACAGUUGUUGACUGUUGGUCUCCUUCCGCUUCGUUACGCAUGUUUUCCAAAAUGUCGAAACUAUUCUGUUAAGCAGAGAAAGAUAUUGGCGGUUAUGCUAGUUAACCAAAGCAAGUUUGGAAAUUUUGGACAGAAGGCAAAAGCAGGAGACAACUUAAGGAAGAUAUUUGAAUAAGAACAUGUCAAUGUUUCACUUGUUGUGUUUUUCUUUUUGUAAGGGCUUCAUGUUUCAUCCAUUGGUGAUGUAAUGCGAGUGUUUGUAUUGUAGGGGUUUCAACAUCUGGCAGUUUUUAUUUUUUACAUGGGAGAAGACCACAGUUUGCCUUUUGUGUCUAUUCAAAUGUUUUAUCAUGCUUUUUACUCAUCACUUGGGAGCGCUUUUUUUUUUUUUUUUUUUUUUUUUUUUCGCUGUACAGAGGGUAAAGUUGGGAGACGUAAAUUGUCAAGUGCCAUAGACCUUGAACUGUUUGAAUAGGGGAGGACCUUUGACCCCAGAGCCCAAGCAAUAUCCACAUAUUCACAACCUCCUGAGUACAUUUGCAGCAUAAUGGCUUAAAAGCAAUAUUCAAAGCCUUUAUUUUCAUUCAGAAAAACAUCAAAUAGCAUUUUUAAAAAACACAACCUUUUAGUAAUCCCUGAUGAUUUUACAUGAUUUUUAUAUUGUGAAAAGAAUCUUUUUUUGUAAUGAAAUAGCACAGGAAAUAUAUAUGGUAGUGCUAAAAAAAAAAAAAGAUUACUCUGCAUUGUGUAAAAGUGAAUGUUUGUCUCACUUUGCCCAAGGCUUUUUACUGUUUGUUGCUUAGAUUCCAUAACUCCCCAUGUUCAUCUGUGCAAAAUAAUCAACUUACACUGUUGGGAAAACUAAUCCAGUCAAAGCUGCAUCUCAGAACAUUCCUGAUGUUUGUCGAAAAGCAAAAACUGUCAGAAGGAAAAUGUUUUUAAUUCCACUUCAUGUUCCUCUCCGUUAAUAUUCAUUCACUUGUAAAUAUCUGUUGAGUGAGACGUAUUUCCAGAAGAAAUGGAAAUGAUGAAAUUCACAUACUAAGCAAUGGGCCCCAAUGAAUUCUAACAGCACAUUUGUGACCACUGAAUUGUUUGUUGGAUGAACUGCUUUUACAUAUUGUAUUCCCUUCAAAUCGUUUAAAGUAGAUUGUGGCAUCUACUGUACUCUUCCUGUAUGUAGUUGAGUUUGACCCAUAUUUCGUGCUCGUAGCACUGUCGCACCAAAAUGAAAACACUGUGGUAAUUAACAAAAAUUAAACGUCCCUUUUUAAAUAAUAAUAGUCACGCUGUUUUAAAGGUAGCUGUAAGUGACGCAACAGAAUCUAAAAUUUUAUUCGCAGGCAAAUGACGAUAUGAUGUGCAUUUCCCAAAUUCCUCACAGAACAUAUAGUGUUUUACACAGAUGAAUUGUUUAUAUUUGUAUUCAUUUUGUUGGUGAUUUCUGUUUACUUUCUAAGAGUAGGGGGAAACAUUUCUGGGGUAACGGUCACUUUAUACUCAUGGGAAGAAAAAAAAAACAUACAGUCUGACAUUGUAGACAAUCUUGGGAGAUAAAACAUGUUUUCACAUUUUCUUCAUCCAUGUCGGUCUGUUUCUUAUGCUCCCGUAUUGUUCUUAUUUAUUUAGCAGUCAUCUGUGGUUUUUAGACCUUACUAAUCAAAUUGUAAAUACUCUAAAAAAUUUGAGAAAAGAAUUAAUAAUGGCAUUAGUGACUUGCGAUUGUAAAACCAGCAAUAAAUUGCAAUGCAGAGGCACUCGUUUUAAUGUAUAGCUAGUAUUUCUAAGGUUUCUCUGGAAACACCCACAGUGAGAUAAUGAUUGAUAUGCAUUUAUCCAACAUUCCAGAUUUUGUACAUAAUUACCUGUUUCUGAAGUAACCUGUGGAAAAUAAAACUAAUGCUCUUUAA